UUUGUUAAUGAGGCUUCAAAGUGGCUUAGAACGAUGCGAACUACGUGGUAACAAGAUCGAGUUGGUUAUUAUCUAUGCUUAGGAUUAGAGGCCUGGAAACUGCCACAGUAGGUUGCACAUAUGUAAUUACAAAUAAAGCCAACAAAUAGCAGGAUAUAAAGGAAACGGAUACAGUUUGGGUGGACAGAGGGUGCACAACAUGCACAGUACUAGUAUCACCUACGGUACGUGCUUAUAUAGUUGCAAAACGGGCUUGUACUGUUGACACGCAGCUUAGACACGUGAGGUGUGAAGCCAACACGCGGGACCAUAUUCAGGAUACAUUUCCAAAAGAAAAAUGGGAACUGAUUUUAUCACGAGCCCAAGCAGCAGAAUCUGUACUUUUCAAAUAUUGCAAGGAUAGGGAAAUUGAUUCACACACGACAUGGACAUUUUAGACCAUGGAAUAGAAUUUUGACACAGCAGAAAUAUGGGAGAAAGCAAUUUUACCAGGAACUUUGAUGGAAAACAUACUGAACUGAUUUCUGCGAACUGUUCAUCGGAAGGAAAACAAAACCUUACAUAAGAGACUGAGUCGAGAUAUACCUAUUCCACACCGGCAAGCGUAAAGGAUAGAAGAAAAAGCCUACUGAAAUAAUUCAACUGCCCCCUAAUGAACCCUCAACAGUCGUGAGGCAACCGUUAUUAAAUAACUCUUUGGCAGUAGGGGAGCCAGUGCUGAGAAGAAGAAAGAACUAUUUGAAGUCUGCGUGAUGCUAACAAUUGAUCCCCUCCUCACCCUCACAGAGCACUACCAUCCAACCCACGCACAGCUGUCUCUUCAAUACAUUUCCACGGACUAGGUACUUAUUGCCGGUCACAUCACUGCAGUAUCAGAUGACAGCACCGCUGAAAGCAUUCUCGCUGCGGCAAUUUCAGUGACAGAAAUGAUUGGAAAACAGAAAUUAGGUUUCUAUUAUUUGGCAAAACCGUGACGCAGUAGAUCUAGUGUUACAGCGAUGGAAAGAAGUCACUCAAUAGUAUGUAUGCACAGCGACCAGUUCCCUUGGCAGCAUCAGCACAGAUAACAAGCAUUUUCUCUUUCUCCAGUCUUCUUUUCCCGACUGGAUCAGAGAACGAGAACAGCGUGUCGUGUAGCUAUUUAAUUUAGCUCGACGCAUCAAUCACAUCUGAAAGCAUCUGGACCAAUAUUGGGGAUUGCUUUGAGAAGGUUAAACCCACGAAUAACAUUAGCAGGCUCAAACGUAACCUAUCGAACCUGCCAAGACCUAAUUACAGACGGUGUAGUGGUGACGCAAAGGUGGUUGUUCAUUGCUCUUGGAGAAGACGGUUUUAGAAUGGCACGAAGAGGCACCAGAGCGCAAGAAGUGGUAUCUAGUGGCCUAGAACAGCGCCUACACGGAUCACGGAUGAAGCCGUUUGGAAUGUCCAGUUAAGAUUUGCACCGGGACUCUUCUGAACGGAACCCCAGUGACCAGACACCUAUUUCACCGUUGAAAAUGGAAGAGAACACAUCUUUAGCGUGUGUUAAUAACUGCUCGACCACGGAGCCACUAGUACGAGGAGUAGACGUCAUGAAACUGCCUUGGCUUAGAAGUAUAUUCAUUUUGUUUUACUGCGUUAUAUUCCUUUUAGGGGUAAGUGGAAACUCAUUAGUGGUCUUUGUGGUCAGCAGGAAUAGACAUAUGCGCACUAUAACCAACAUAUUCAUUUGUAACUUGGCCAUAUCUGACAUCCUUAUGUGUCUGCUGGCAAUCCCAUUUACGCCGAUGUCAUAUUUCAUGAAUACGUGGACAUUCGGCGACGCCAUUUGCAAAAUCGUACCCAUGGUCAGCGGUGUUAGCGUGUUUGUGUCCACCCUAACGUCGAUAGCCAUUGCAGUGGACCGUUACUUCGUUAUCGUCCACCCAUUUAAGCCGCGGAUGAAGGUGUGGCUGUGUUUGUCACUCAUUUUGGCCGUGUGGGCGAUAGCCAUAACGGUAUCGAUGCCGAUAGCCAUAUACCAGCAAGUGAAAUGGGAGGAGAAAAUACAGGCUUUGGAAUGCGGCGAAGAAUGGCCCAGAGAUUCGGCGAGACAAGUGUUCACUGUCGUCACCAUGAUUCUUCAGUACCUUGUCCCAUGUAUAAUAAUAACAUUCUGUUAUUCCAAUGUAUCCAUGGCACUCCACGAAAGAUCAAGAGUGAAGCCCGGCCACAAAUCCCGUGAGCGCGAGGAGCUGGAAAUAAAGAGAAAACGAAGGACAAAUAGGAUGCUGAUCGCUAUGGUCGCCAUUUUUGUGUGUUGCUGGAUGCCGUUGAACAUAUUCCACUUGAUUCGCGAGUAUCACGUUGUGUCGAACACGUGGCCCCACCAGGCGCUCGUUUUCUUCAUUGCCCAUGUUAUUGCGAUGAGCUCGACCAUAUACAACCCCUUUUUGUACGCAUGGAUGAACGAGAACUUCCGGAAGGAGUUCAAGCAAGUUCCUCCGUUUGUAUGCCUUCAGUCAAACCUGUCUGGUCGGAAUGGCUGCCCAACGACCACCCGUGACACCACGAUGUCCGUGCUACGACAAUCCCCCAUAAGGGACGGUCAGUUGCUGACGGAGGCAGGAGACCCAGAAGAGAAGAGCGACGAAAAAGAGAACGGCGAUGUGCAUAACGGGGACUGCGAGCUGCAGUGCUUCGUACGAGAUAAGGCUCAUCAUGAUUCCGUCAAUUCGGAGAUGGAGGAAACGGAUCUUUAAAAAAGCGUAUAAAGAAAAGCUAUUUUGGGUGACUUAUCGAUGAACUGCAAAGGCACAUUUGACAUUGUUUUUAAUAGAACUGGCAACAAUUCAACUGUAACUUGAUAUACGGGACACAAAAGUGAGAUGAAUGUUUUGAAGAAAGCUGGGGACUUGACCCAUUGGGCACUGUUAUGUAAUCAAGAUUGGGAUGGAGAGGCUGGUUGAAUAAACUGCAUAGGGUAUAGCUUUUGGGCUGUUUUCGGUGGUUGGAGAAAUUACAAACCUUUGAAUAAUGAAGUAGAACAUUUUGAUUAGGUAUGUGCGCUGAGCAAUUAGAACCAAACUGCAUAAUUUGUCUAAUGCAACGGGCGCGUGGCUUUGAGUACAAGACAGAUAAAUGUAGUCCUAUGUAAUGACUGUCACUAUAACUGAUGAGUCGGUUGUAAUUCAAAAGCACAAGCAACGGGAAUGAAAACAGAGUAAGCAAUUUAAUAUGUUCUGUACCAUUGUUAUUUGUAAUAAUGCAUUCUCAAUGUAAAAUAUUUUUACGUUCGUAUGUAAAAUGUGGCUUUGGGUCCGUGGAAACGCACAAGAGGUAGAGUACCGAUGGACUUUUUGUUAUUUCAAGCAACAUUAUUAAAUACAGCAGUCAUUUAAGUAGUUUCACGGACAUUCCACAGAAAGCAUCAUUACGGAAAACAUAUCGAUACACAGUAAACUUAUUUGAAAGCUUUUUGAGCAAUUCCAGAUUGCGUUUAUUGGAUGAUUUAGUACGUUCAUUAUGCAUAAUGUCAUAAUGUCAUGUUUUACGGAUUUUUUGUAAGCAUAUUAGUUUUAGCAUGGUUUGUAAGCUUAUGUUAUCGGAAUACAAAGUGUUUUAUUCAUUAAUCAGAUUUGAAUAAUUGAAAGACAUGUUGUCAAGUAAAUAUAUUUUGUAUAGUUUGUCUACAAAGGGAUUUUCAAUUGCCAAGACGAAGUGCCCGAAGUGUAUAUCUAAUCAGAGUGACGAGCAUUAGAUAGUUUUUAAAUUUUUAAUGUCUAUUAGCGUCUAGCCAGAAAAGCAGUAUGCAUUUAAUGCGCACAGGCACACAUCUCGAUAAUGUUACGUUUUGACUUUUCUUUCAGCAAACUUUGUGCAAAUGGGGCAUUGUCUCAAAUUUCUACAUAUCUUUUCCUUUAUUUUCAUGAUGUUUUACUUUUGGCUGGUAUUUUGUUCCUGUUGUAGUUUUUUUUACACAUUCGUUGCGUGCUGUAUUCACCAAACCAGACCAUUAAGAAUUUGAGUAAUGUGAAAAACUUAAACAAAUUAACAUAACUUUACUUGGUAACUGUGGGCACGAUGGCAGCUUCUAAGUUGAAGAUGAACGUUUUUUCCAGAUCAAUGUGUCUCUUGGUGUAGAAUCGUCUUCGUGUGAGUCUCUCUGGCUACUUCCCAACUGAUAUUUCAUGUUUGAAUGGUGGAUACAUGUAUUAUGAGAAAAAAAAUUACAAUAUAACAGAAACAGCUGUUAUUUUUUGUCAAAAAUGUUUAUUACAAUUUUGUAUUGUCGAAAGCAUAAUUUUUGUACCCAGAGAAAUACGCACCUAACAUAUCCAGGCACGUUGGUGUUUGACAUAGUAAGACGCUUUCUCUCAGCUGUUGUUGUAUAUUUGUUGCAAAAGAACAAAGUUACGUAUGGCUUUGUCUUGUCUUUAACGGAGGUUUUACUACCUUGGUCGUGAGUUGGAAAUACACUUCUUUAGUAGAGGCGUAUAAGAAUUGAAAAAAGAAAACGAAUACUGAGAAGUUAUAAAUAUAAGGUCUUUGUCGUGGCACUGUUUCACGUUUUUCAUUUGAUAUAGAUAUUGGAAGAGUUGGCUGUAUUAUUGUUACUUUAUUGUAUUAUUUAUCUUUCGGAGGCCCCCUGUGGCCUGAAAACAAAGAUGUUUUCAUUCGGAAUCAGAGACAGUCUAAGAAUAUAUCUGAGAAGGGAUGAUAUCUCAGCAGACGGAUAUCAUUUCCAAACAAACACAGCGGCUCCCCCGUUUUUAAGCGGAUUAUCAGCAUUUUGAUGCACAGUAUGCUUAUUAGUAUCGCUAUUGGGGUUUUGUCUUAACUUGUCAAGCUGCAGAUUUAUUUUCAUUUUAUGAUAUCUCCCAUUAAUGAGUUGUUACCAACUACCGAUACGAUGACUUCAUCGUCAUGUGUUUUUCUGAUAGUUAAUCAAUGUUGGAUUGGUAUCGUUCUUUGUUCGAUAAUAAAGACGGAGUACAGUGA